AUGUUCCCUGAAUCUUCAACCGCCAAAACGAAGCUUGAGACUAAGAAUUUUCUUAGUUUCUUACAUGGUUUCACCGGAACCCGAAUCAUGUACACCAAUCAAAGUAAGCUCUCAUACUACAACCCUUCCUGCCACAUGAUGGAUUACAUAGUCCACAUUAUGAACACAAUGCUUUGUGAUAGUUUCUGUUUCAAGCGAGACACUCCCAACUAUCACCCUUACAUCCUUCGCCUCUACUGUGGCAUUCUUUUUUGGAUCCAAUGUCUUAGAGCUGGAAAUGAUGUGAACGUUCUUACUAACGUUCAACAUAAGUUCCUCAACAGGUUUUUAGACAACCAUCCCUUGGAAACCCUCCCUGUUCCCGGUCCGCUCCUCGGGCUUUUCGAAACAUUAUGCUCUUCCCAACCGGAGUUUCCUCCCCAUUAUGGGAAAGUGUACCCUCGCAUCCCUGUCCAACCAGGCCCGGCUCAACGUGACGCAUUCAUGAGAGAUGAUAACCUUGAAAGCCACUUCUUGGCUAACGUCCCUCGCAUAUUCGCCCUCCUCAAAGACCUCAACCGUCUAUUUUCUCAGGACCCUCCCGUCUAUCCGAAAAGAGGCAAGCACAUUCCUGUUAAGGAAAAUGCUGUCUCUACCUUCGGUCACAAGACCUUUGGUCUCCAUGUUGAUAGGACCGAAGCUGAAAAAUGGUCACUGGUUUCUCCUGGCUUACAGUACCCUUGUGAAGCCGAUCAAAAGCUGAAUGAGGCGUUUGCUGAACGCUACAUCGAUUUUGGCUUUCCGGUCACAACAGCUACCGAUAACCUUGGCAAAAUCUCCUCAUUCCUCCACAUGAAACGCAACAUGGCUUGGUUCACUCAUGUCAAAGAAGUUGCGAACUCUGUUGCUGCGUUCUUUGAAGGAUCAGGUACCUUUGAUGACUGUUCUCCACAUGGCAUGGUUGCUAACCAAGUCGUGGCCUGUCUCUCUCCCCCAAAGCAUCUUCCGGAGCCACCAACUUGCAUCGCGGAUAAACGUGCAACCUAUGAGUUCAGCUACAAGCUCAGAAGCACAGCUCGCAACUGCUGCCGCGUUCUUUCAGACGCAUAUCAACCACCCCUACCUCGGGACAUUUGGAUCGAAAACUCUUGA